GUUAUUUUCUUCACAUUUUGUAUAAUGUCCAACGUCAAUGUCACAUAAUGAAAUGGCCAGUCCUAAUUAUAACGAAAUAUACGGUGAAACACAACCAACGAAUUUAAGCAAUGAGAACACAGAACAUUUAGUGUAUCAGCAGGAGGCAACAUAUAGGCAGCUUCGUGAUGCCGAAAAAACUCUGCAGAAUAAAAAUGUACUGAUAAACUUACUAAGAGGACAGAUCCAACAGAUGGAGUUGAAUUUGAAGAUAAUGAUGAACGAAAAAGAAGAGAUGCGCUGCAAAUAUUGUUGUUUAGAACAAGAUUAUCUAGGAACCAAAAACAUAAACAAAGAAAGGGAAGAAGAGAUAUCUAAAUUGAAAAUGGAAUUGUCCCGAAAAGUACAAGUUGAGGUUGGAAACCAACACGGAAUCGAUGAGUUGUUGAGCGAUCAGAAAAAAGUUUUAGAGGAAUUGUUAACCUGUAUUGCAAAAGAAAGGACUCCUCCCAUUUCAACAGUCUCAUUAACACCAAACGACGUUGGCUUACAGCCCUUGGGCUCAAAUAUAAUGACUUUAGAAGGUGUUUUGAAAGAAUACGUAGAAAUUAUAAAAAAAUUGGAAAACGAAAUUGAUGUAUUGGGGGCAACACUAAAAAAAGUAAAUACGGAAUCAAAGGGUGAUCACAAAAUUAAUAGCGUAAAUCAAAUAGGAAAUGAAUCCGCAUUGGAAAAUGAAGAAAUGAAAAAAGAAAUUUGUUUACUUAAAACGCAACUUCGUCUCACAGAAGAAGAAUUGAAUACGGUAUCUCGUACAGAAUUAGAAUACAAAAAUCUCAUUGAAAAUCAAAAAAAUAAAAUUUCUCAGUUACAAAGUGAAUUAAAAAAUUCAGAAGAUAUUAUAUUUGAAAAUAAAACUCUUAUUAAUACAUUACAAACGGAAAUAGGCGAUUUACAAAAAUUAAAGUGCGAGGUAUGUAUGCUGAAAACGAAAGUAAGACUUACCGAAGAAACUGUGAAAGAAAAAGAAAUUAUUAUCAACGAUCUUUCUUCUGCCAAGCAAAAUCCUGAAAACUUAAGUAUCAUUGAACCUCUCCAAAAACUAUUAGAAGAGGAAUGUACGUACUUGGAAGAUUUAUUGUAUCAAGAAUUCAAUGAUAAAUUUGAAGCUGAAAAUGAAAAUUAUAAUAGUGCAUUUGAAGUAAUGUUAGGUUUAUCGAAACAAAAUAUGGGUCUUAUAAUAAAUAUACACGAACACAUUAUUAGCUACAAAAAUGAACAUUUAACAAUUUUUGGAAACUGUAAAGAAUUACUUUACGACGAAAACAAUUAUCUCGAAGGUAUAUUAACUGAAUAUACAAUAGAUAACUUAGAUGAAGAAUUUGAUUCAACAAUGUACAACAAUGAAAUUUUAUUAUUAGCAAAAAGAAAUAAAAAUCUCAUAAUGAACAUGCACAAAAUGUAUGCGGAAGAAAAGGAGCAACAAGUUAACGAAUUAAUAAAUCUUAACAAUGAAUUACAAGAAUCAAUUUCAGAAAAAGAUUCCAAAUUAGAGCAAAUGGAAGUAUGUUUAUGCAAUUAUCGAGGCGAACUGAACGUCGUAGAGUUCGAAAAUUCCUAUGUCAAAAAUAUGUUAACUGAAAUUAAACAAGAAUGUACAUGUGGUGAAUCACAAAUUAUAAAUUGUAAUAAUGAAAUUAAAGAACAACUACAAAAAAUUGUGGAAAAACAAAAUGAACUCGAGAAAAUAUUGAAAUAUAUGCGUUGCGAGAAUGAAACUGUUGUACAAGAAAUUAAAUCUAGCAAAUCAACUCUAAGUACUAUUAGAAUGGACAAUAGUGACGUAAAAAUCAAUUUAAAGGAAAUUUCUUCUUGUUUAUGUGAGUAUGAAGGUGAAUUAAAUGUUGUACAAAAAAACAGAUUAUCUGAUAGAGUAACAGAACUUAGCAAGCGCUAUUCUGAUUGUUUAAAGCAUUUAGAAGUUGUUCAGGCUGAAAACAAUGAUAUUUUCCAUAAAUUACAAGUUUCUUUAAAAGAUCUGAAAAGAAAUAUUGAAGAAGAGGCUGCACGAAAAGAUGAAUCAGAAAGGCUUAUCAAGGAAGCAAUUAACCAAAAAGAAGUUCUAGAAGAAGAAUUAAAAAAGAAUUACGACAACAUUUGUUUAUGCAAUAUGAAUUUAAAAGAUGUCCUUAUUGAUUAUGAUAAAACAAAAUCGAAAUUAAAUUCUACACAACAAGAGCAAAAUAUCCUAAAAGAGAAAUUGGCUAAAUCUACAGAAGAGAUUAAACGUUUAAAAGAAGAAUGUUGUAAUUUAAAAAAUGUAAUAAAAAAAGAGCAAGAACAUAGCGAAACAGAUAGCACAAAACAAAACAUUAUGAACUCAAAACUGUUUAAUAUAAAGACUAUGAAAUAUGAGUUUGCUUUAAACGAAAUAAAGAGUUUAGAAAGUAUUAAUGAAAAUUUUCUAGUAGUUUUAGAACAAAAAUUAAUAAUGGAUAGACAAAAUUUACAAGGAUUAGUCGCGGAUACACUAGAUCAUGUGCAGCAGUUAAGAUUAGAUUUACAUAUUCUGACCCAGGAAAUAAAUACUAUGGAUCUUAUAUUUAAAGCUUUGGAAAAUAAUUGUCAAGAAAGUGCCUCAAAAGACACGCCACAACCCAAAGAAAAAAUCAUGGUUGAAAGUACUUGUGUAUGCACUGAAGAGUUGUAUUUGGAUAAAAUUUUAAAACAGAUAGAUCGACUAGAGGAGGAAAAUGCGCAGCUUAUCUCCGAACGAGACAAUCAAUUAGCGGAAUUUUUGGCCAAUAAUGUUGUUCUUCAAACAGAAAUUACCAACAAUUUGGAACAAAUUCAAGAAUAUCAAAGAAUUAUCUUAGAAUUACAGAAAGAAAAGGAAGAUAUUAAAGAAACAAUGAGUCGUAUCAGUGAAACAUGCCAAAGAAUGGACAAACAUGCACACGAAACUAGUGAAACAGAAGAAGUUACUGUUAGAUAUACAGGUCUAAUGAAGCUUUAUCAAGAACAAGAGAAUUGGUAUAGAGAGAGAUUGCAACAAAAAGAACUAGCUUAUAAUAAAAAAAUUCAGGAAAUGGAUGAAUUGGUUGAUAAGUUUUGCAUGUUAUGUCCAGAUAUUGAUCAACAAGUUAAAAUGAAAAUGAAUGAUGAAUGCGGUUGUAAAAUUGAAGAAGCAGAUAUAGAAUCUUGGAAAGAUAGAAAAGCGAAAAUCUUGAACGAAGUUCUUACGGCUACAAUUAAAUCAUCAAAUAAAUUAAUCAAUGAGAAGGACAACGAUAUUAGAAAGAAAAUUGGCUCGGGCAAUUUCAAAUCAGUUAUAGAUGACUUUUUGUUAGCACUAGAAGAUAUUAAGGCGAGCGAAACCGAUAAAAAAUACAUAAAAAGUCUCAUUCAAAUUGAUAAUUUUGAUAUAAAUGAAAAAAAUGUUGAGAAGCCUAUACAAACAAACAAAAUAACACAAGUUCCCGUUAUAUUGGAAGCUAAUAAACUUCCUGUAAUCUCCGUAACACCUGAAAAACAAGUGUCUGCCUUAAAUAUUACAAUCCAUAAGUCUGCAGAUGAAGUAGCAAAAAUAUCGACAAAUCAAGAAAAUAUUCUGUCCAACCAUAAUAAGAAUAUUGAAAUCAGUUUCUCAAAGCAACAGCCAUCAGCUACGAAAAUAUUAACAUAUGAUGAGAUUAUGAAAUGUUCCAGAAAUUGUAAAUGUAAGAUGACUAGCGACGAAUCGAACGGACACGCUAAACAUGCCUGUGCCUUCAAAAGCAAACUUCCCAGAAGAAAACCGUUGAAACCUUUGUCAAGAUGUGCAAGAUGUAAUCAAACUUCUGGUACAUCAUUAUUGGAGACCAUUAUAUUAGAAGAAGACGAUCAAGAAUCUUAAAUAUUUAAGUGGUGAAAAAAUAUUACAGCGUUAUGUAAAGUACUGCUCGUGUUGUUAAUCAGUGGUGUAAUAAAUUUAGACUGAAACCGUCUCCUUUAAUACA